ACAAUUCCAUUAGUUGUUACUUUAGCUUUGCUGGGUGUCUUCACACUUGUCUCCACAUUAUGCUGGGCACACAAGCAAAGGAAUCUGAUGCAACUCAGACAGAGAAAUUUUGAGCAAAAUGGAGGAAACUUGCUUCUACAACAACUUUCACAACAACAAAGAUAUACCGACAGAACCAGAAUAUUUACAAAAGUUGAGCUUAAGAAUGCCACAAACAACUUUGAUGAAAGCAGAAUUCUUGGUCGUGGAGGACAAGGCACAGUUUAUAAAGGUAUAUUGCCAGACAACACAAUUGUUGCAAUUAAGAAGUCCAGGUUGGGGGAUCCCCAAAAUAUUAAAAGUUUUAUCAAUGAAGUGUUUGUGCUUUCCCAAAUCAACCACAGGCAUGUGGUUAAACUUUUGGGAUGUUGUCUUGAAACUGAAGUGCCUUUGUUAGUGUAUGAGUUUGUAGAGAAUGGAAGCCUUCUUGACCACCUAGACCCAUCAAAAAAUGAAUGUUCUAUCACAUGGGAGACUCGAUUAAGAAUAGCUACAGAAACUGCUGAGGCCAUUUCCUAUUUACAUUCUGCAGCUUCUAUUCCAAUUAUCCAUAGAGAUAUCAAGUCUGCCAAUAUACUUUUAGACCAUAAUGAUAGAGCAAAGGUAUCUGAUUUUGGAGCUUCAAGACUUGUCCAUCUUGGUGAAGCUCAAGUUGCCACUGUGGUUCAAGGAACAAUAGGAUAUCUGGAUCCUGAGUACCUUCAAACAGGUCAGUUGAAUGAGAAGAGUGAUGUCUAUAGUUUUGGAAUUGUGCUGCUGGAGUUACUCACUGGGAGUAAGGCUUUUAAAUUCAAUACAUUGGCUAGCCAUUUUGUAUCUUCAAUGAGAGAAGAUCGCCUGUGGGAGAUUCUUGAUAGGCGAGUACUAGACCAAAGGAAGAACGCAAAACAGUUGAAAGAAGUAGCCUUAUUGGCAAGCAGAUGCGUUAGGGUUAAUGGAGAGGAACGGCCAACAAUGAAAGAAGUAGCAAUGGAGUUAGAGGGUCUAAUUGCAAUGGAAAAGCAUCUUCAGGAGAAGGACAAGGAUAUGAUGAAAGCAGAAGAAAGUGAAUACUUAUUGGGCCAUUGCCCUUAUGAUGGAUAUGGGGGUGCCAGUGCUAGCUUCUCAGUUGCUAGCUAUGAUAGCAUACAAAAGCAAGUAGCAUUUGAGAUUAUGGAUAGUGGGCGAUAAUCUUAUACUGUAUUCUUAAUUAUGUGCUGUUUCUACUUUUUUGGGAGAUUUAAGGAAUGUGAGAGUACAACGGAAGGUGAUAAGAACCUAACUAGUAAUUUGUUUGCAGUUAGUUCCUAUAAGUUGCAAAUUUAAUUUUCCUAUAUUUUAUAAUGUGUGUGUGGCUCUUGAUACCUAGUCUCAUAAUCUACUCCUUGAGUUAAAUAACUAAUUUUGCAGAGAAAUCAA